UGCAGAGCUAGCUAGAAAGUUGAUUGUUUUGAUGCGGUUGAGUGAGUUUUAUUGAGAUUACCCUGGGCGGUCAGCCACCUGAUUCUGAUCAUUAGCACUCGAGCCACGGUGCGGUUAGCGUUUGUAGACAGAAAAGGAACUUCAAUUUAAUAAAAAAUCUUUGAAUAACCAUGGGCGUUCCAGCUGGUGAUGUUGAGAAGGGCAAGAAGCUGUUCGUUCAGCGAUGCGCCCAGUGCCACACCGUUGAAGCCGGCGGUAAGCACAAGGUCGGACCGAACCUGCAUGGACUUUUUGGUCGCAAGACUGGUCAAGCCGCUGGAUUCAGCUACACCGAUGCCAACAAGGCCAAGGGAAUCACCUGGAACGAGGAUACGUUGUUUGAAUAUCUGGAAAACCCGAAAAAGUACAUCCCCGGAACGAAGAUGGUGUUCGCUGGUCUGAAGAAGCCCCAGGAGCGUGGCGAUCUGAUCGCCUACCUGAAGUCUGCUACCAAGUAAACUGACCGAAGAGAGCUCUGCACGGGUAUCGGUGUCCUAGAUUCAGCCAAAACACUGCUACAAACAGAAAAAGUAACAAAACAUAGCUACGAUAAUUGCAACGCCUGCACAACCCCAUUGGAUGAUACCAUUGAUCCGCAAAACAAACCGUCAAAGGAACCAGGCGCCGCGGCGUCAUCCGGAGAGUAACCUUCACGAUUAGGACAAUGUCUAUGUAAAUCUAUUUAAUUUAAUUUAUGCUAGAAUUAAAAUAGCCUGACAAAUUCGUUUUAAUCGAUCCCUGGAAAAUAGCGAAUUGAAAUUUCGCUAGAAUGGUUGCUUCGAUACGACGUUCGAAGUUGAAUCUAGGCGGAUUGCUGCGUGGCGGUUACUCGUUGAUCCGCUUUAGUUUAAUUCAGAUAUCGAAUGUGUAGUAUUAUAACUAUCAAAGAAAUGUUUUCAUCCCAACGGCAGACGUAUAACGCUGAAUAAAACACGGAAACCAAA